AUGAUGGACGAAGGUGAUGAUGUGCUCGCUCACAUCAACAAGAUUCAAACACUGGCGGAACAGCUUGACGCAGUCAGUGCUCCGGUCAGCGAAGAUGACUUGGCGAUCACGCUUCUUGGCAGCCUAAGUGAUCCGUACCAGUUUCUUAUUACGGUUUUGGAUUCACGUGCCGACACGCUGACGUGUGAACUUGUGACGUCUCGGCUGCUGCACGAAGACUUGAAGCGGAAGGAACAAGUUGGUGGUGUCGCUGGGGUCAAGCACAGCCAAGGUCAAACAUUCAUGACCAAUAAUCACCGCAAGCACAGAGGAGGGCGGCAGAUGCAGAAACUCGGCUUAUGCCUUAUUAAUCAAAGAGAACCUCAUUUAAGAAAAGAUACCUACUGUGGCUAA